AGAAGAUUUUCGCAGCCAUGUUUUUCUGAUAUCGCUGAUGUGGUUUAAACCUGUAUGUUGUCUGUCUAGUGACGAGCAGUGGGUCAUAAGAUUCACUCUUAAUAUUCACUUUUAGUUCACGUUUUGUUAGAAAAUGCCUUAUUAUCAGACAUGGGAGGAGUUUGCUCGAGCCGCAGAAAAACUCUAUCUGACGGAUCCGAUGAAGGUCCGAGUUGUGCUGAAAUAUCGCCACUGUGACGGAAACCUGUGUAUAAAGGUCACAGAUAACGCUGUGUGUUUGCAGUACAAGACCGAUCAGGCACAGGACGUGAAAAAGAUCGAGAAGCUGCACGGAAAGCUGAUGAGACUGAUGGUGUCCAAGGAGUCCCACAGUGGAGCGAUGGAGACGGACUGAAGGACACUGAGUGGACAGAAGGACAGUGUGUGGACAGAAGGACAGUGUGGUGCUGUUCCUGCUCCUCUCACACCCAAGUACAUGGACCUGAAGCUUCUGGGUUUGGAGGGCUGAGAGUUUUCUUAGACAGAAGUGGAACAUGUACCCAGCCACAGGAAGCUUCCCAUGAAGAACUGAUCCUUAUUCCCAUGUUCAGCAUGGACUUUUGUUAUCUUGUGAUUAACCAGUGUUCUGUACAUAAUGCUCUAUUUUUAGGCCAACAUUAGCACAUGUGGUUACAUGCAUGUGAAUGCCGUCUCAUGUGAUUAGUCAGGUCCUAUCACCCAUUACUCUCUUCUGCAAUGACUACAGCAAACUGAAAUGAUUCCGUAUACCUUCUUUUGUUCCUUAAGCCUUUUCAGAUGAUCUUCUUUAAAAGUUGUAUCUUUUGUUUAUGGUACAACAUUGGUUUUUAAGUUUAGUACAAAUAAACAAACAGGUCUAAA